GCGGCGGCGGGCGGCGGGCGCGGCGCGGCGCGGCGCCAUCUUGCAGCCGGCGGCGCGGAUUGAAUGAGCCCGCCGAGCCCGGGCCGCCGUCGCGAGCAGCGCAGGCCGCGAGCCGCCGCCACCAUGGCCACGCCGCUGCCCGGCCGCGCGGGCGGACCAGCCACGCCGCUGUCGCCCACGCGCCUGUCGCGGCUGCAGGAGAAGGAGGAGCUGCGCGAGCUCAACGACCGCCUGGCUCACUACAUCGACCGCGUCCGCGCGCUGGAGCUGGAGAACGACCGGCUCCUGCUCAAGAUCUCAGAGAAGGAGGAGGUGACCACGCGCGAGGUGAGUGGCAUCAAGGCGCUGUACGAGUCAGAGCUGGCCGACGCCCGGAGAGUCCUGGAUGAGACAGCUCGAGAGCGCGCCCGGCUGCAGAUAGAGAUUGGGAAGCUGAGGGCAGAGUUGGACGAGGUCAACAAGAGCGCCAAGAAGAGGGAGGGAGAGCUCACGGUGGCCCAGGGCCGUGUGAAGGACCUGGAGUCCCUGUUCCACCGGAGCGAGGUGGAGCUGGCAGCUGCCCUCAGCGACAAGCGUGGCCUGGAGAGUGACGUGGCCGAGCUGCGGGCCCAGCUGGCCAAGGCCGAGGACGGUCAUGCAGUGGCCAAAAAGCAGCUGGAGAAGGAGACGCUGAUGCGUGUGGACCUGGAGAACCGCUGCCAGAGCCUGCAGGAGGAGCUGGACUUCCGGAAGAGUGUGUUCGAGGAGGAGGUGCGGGAGACGCGGCGGCGGCACGAGCGGCGCCUGGUGGAGGUGGAUAGCAGCCGGCAGCAGGAGUAUGACUUCAAGAUGGCACAGGCGCUGGAGGAGCUGCGGAGCCAGCACGACGAGCAAGUGCGGCUCUACAAGCUGGAGCUGGAGCAGACCUACCAGGCCAAGCUGGACAGCGCCAAGCUGAGCUCUGACCAGAACGACAAGGCGGCCAGUGCGGCUCGCGAGGAGCUGAAGGAGGCCCGCAUGCGCCUGGAGUCCCUCAGCUACCAGCUCUCCGGCCUCCAGAAGCAGGCCAGCGCCGCUGAAGAUCGCAUCCGGGAGCUGGAGGAGGCCAUGGCCGGGGAGCGGGACAAGUUCCGGAAGAUGCUGGACGCCAAGGAGCAAGAGAUGACGGAGAUGCGGGACGUGAUGCAGCAGCAGCUGGCCGAAUACCAGGAGCUGCUGGACGUGAAGCUGGCCCUGGACAUGGAGAUCAACGCCUACCGGAAGCUCCUGGAGGGCGAAGAGGAGAGGCUGAAGCUGUCCCCCAGCCCAUCCUCGCGCGUCACCGUCUCACGAGCCACCUCGAGCAGCAGCGGCGGCAGCACGUCGGCCACUGGGCGCCUGGGCCGCAGUAAGCGGAAGAGGCUGGAGGUGGAGGAGCCCUUGGGCAGCGGCCCCAGCGUCCUGGGCACGGGCACGGGUGGUGGUGGCGGCUUCCACCUGGCCCAGCAGGCCUCGGCCUCGGGCAGUGUCAGCAUCGAGGAGAUCGACCUGGAGGGCAAGUUCGUGCAGCUCAAGAACAACUCUGACAAGGAUCAGUCUCUGGGGAACUGGAGAAUUAAGAGGCAGAUCUUGGAGGGGGAGGAGAUCGCCUACAAGUUCACGCCCAAGUACGUCCUGCGCGCUGGCCAGAUGGUCACGGUGUGGGCCGCUGGUGCUGGAGUGGCCCACAGCCCCCCCUCGACGCUGGUGUGGAAGGGCCAGAGCAGCUGGGGCACGGGCGAGAGCUUCCGCACCGUCCUGGUUAACGCGGAUGGCGAGGAAGUGGCCAUGAGGACUGUGAAGCAGUCCUCAGUGGUGCGAGAGAAUGAGAAUGGGGAGGAAGAGGAGGAGGAAGCUGAGUUCGGCGAGGAGGAUCUUUUCCACCAACAGGGGGACCCGAGGACCACCUCGAGAGGCUGCUACGUGAUGUGAACCCACACUCCUCAUCCACACACCUUUCUUUACCCAGAGCCACUGAAAACUAUUUUUAUAUCAUUGGCUUUCUUUAGUUCUUGAUACAUUUCUAGAGAAUUUCUAAGCAAACUGCCAGAACGUGUGGGUGGGUAUCCUCCAGCCUCACUUCGCUGCCACUUCACCGCUGCCCCGGAGACUUUUCAGUCCCACCCCACUCCCCAUCUCACCAUUUGGUCAAAUUGGAAGCCCAGGGCCAGGACCCCGAGGUUUAGAAGAUGCUCGGGCUUGGAGGGAGGAGGGCCGGCGAGGCUAGAGCGGGGACAGGAGACGGCCCCGAUGCGAACAGAGCGCGGAAACCGCGUAGGAAUUCAGUGGUGGUGGGUUUUUUGAAGGCUUUCUACAAAACCAAAUUCAGAAUCCAGGCGUCGACCUGGUGGGGCCGGGGGCCAAGCCUGCAUUCUGGCUGCCCAGCUUCUGACAGCAGGAGCUCCUCAGGCAGCCACGCAGUGGGUGUGGAGCAGCGUGGGGGUGGCAUGGCCCCCAGGGUGGGUUUUCGCUCCGCUGCCUGGGCUUCCAGAUUGCCGUUCUGACAGCCCACCGGCCGGGUUUCUCGGACCGUUGACUUUAUUUGGGGGAGUUUUCCCUCAGGUCAGUUCCUGACUCUGCAGGGCCAACAGGGCAGGGGAGGGGAAGACCCGGGGAAGGGAGAAUGAGGACAGUCCCGUUGUAAGACCUGUCACAUUAAGCAGGGAGGGGACACAGCUGGUUGCCUCGGAGGCAGAGGCUGUGAGUUUCAGAACAGCUGUCUGCAGGGAACGCCACCAUGUGGACUCCCUGGAGGAGAGCGCUGUGGAGCCCCUCCCGGGUUCCGGCUCCGUCUGCCCUGUGCCUAGAUACACACACGCAUCUAUCCAUACUGUAACUUUCAUCUGUGAUUCUCUCGCUGAAGCCAUGUUUCUCAGAUAGGCCAAGGCCACCUGACUCCUAUCACGAUGCCCCCAAGCCCCUCAGUCCAGCUUCCCAACGCCUGGCACCCCCUUUGGCAAUAGCUCACCGUCUACACCCUCCCUCAUAGAUACACAGAAGUUAUUUUUUUAAUGGAUAUUUAUUUUUUUACAUUAGUCAGUACGCAGGUCAGGAGCUCACGCCAGGGCCUUGAGGACAGGCUGACUCUCCUCCCCGGGGUGGUGUGGGACUGGGGGUCACUCUGACAGCAAAGCCUCCUUCAGAAAGUGCAGCUCGAGUCUUAAAGCCACCAAAACUGAGCCGUUGGCACGCGCCGUCUCCAGGCCUUGGCAGGGUGGGGGCGGCACCGCUCCCCUGUCACUGUGCAUCCCGUCUCCCUGGGGACUUGCCAGUGGGAGGAAGGAAUGGGGGGCCCCAGCCCCAGGCCGGGAAGUAGCCAGCGGCUGACAAAGCAGAAACACCCGCUGCUCCAUGUAGCCCCCGCUCGCUGUCCUUGCUCUCAGAAGUCCCUGUCCCGGUUGGGCGCGGUGGCUCACGCCUGUAAUCCCAGCACUUUGGGAGGCCGAGACGGGCGGAUCACGAGGUCAGGAGAUCGAGACCAUUCUGGCUAACACGGUGAAACCCCGUCUCUACUAAAAAAUACAAAAAACUAGCCGGGCGAGGCGGCGGGCGCCUGUAGUCCCAGCUACUCGGGAGGCUGAGGCAGGAGAAUGGCGUGAACCCGGGAGGCGGAGCUUGCAGUGAGCUGAGAUCCGGCCACUGCACUCCAGCCUGGGCGACAGAGCGAGACUCCGUCUCAAAAAAAAAAAAAAAAGAAGUCCCUGUCCCAUGUGGAUCAAGGGGGGCGUGUCUUACCAAAGCAUUUCCUCCUGGAGGGGCCCGACAGGCUACCACGCUGUGCUCCCAGUCAGGUGGCUGGUGGGGAGCUUUGCCCACCCCAGGGAUACCCUCUGCCAGCCGCUGGAAGUGGGAGUGCUGGCGACAGACUCCUCUUCCCCACCUUCAUGGCAGGAAUCACCUGGACUCCAGUGGCCAGGCUUCGUGCCAGCGAGUGUUCCGGGGGUGGGUCUUGGUGGUCUUGUCCUGUGCAGAGUAUGCAGUGGUCUCAGCCACAUCCUACGUAUUUUGGGCCUGGGGGAGCAAAGCUGUAUCCUGGAGUUGGUCUGCAAUUUGCUGACAGCUUCACAGGCUGGGCUCAGGGACAAAGUCCCCCCCCAAAACCGGCAGGUCCUGGUGUCCAGACACUGCCCAGCCCUGUCCUGAACACAGCACGCCCCAGGUCCACAGAACCCCCCGCCCUACAUUUGCCUUGGGUGGAGGCUGAGGGUGGUCCUAGGACUGCAGGUGCCCUUAGCUGAAGGGAGUGGGGAGAGGUGUGGACUGUGCAUCCUGUGGGUGAUUGGAGGUUCAUUGAGAAUUGAGUCUUUGGAAACACUAAGAAAAUCAAAGUUUUAGAAGUUAUUUAUGGCCUGGGAAACAAUUUGCAUUUGUCCCCAAAUACGCUUAGCUGUGUGCCGCUUAGAACGAUGCGAAACCAUCCCUCUGUGUAAGCCCAUGCUGUGACUCCAAGCCUAGCGCCCUCCCUGCGAAGCAUCAGACGCCGCCCAGCCCUGGGGGGAGGCCCACGGCUGCUGGACCAACGCGGGUUCUGGGGUGCACAGCCCAAGGUUAACGCGGAAGCCUGCCCCGCUGAGCCCAGGAGCCAGGAGGCCUGCGGGCUGACCCAGAAUCCGAUCAUGCACCUGUCCUCAUGCCAGCGGCUUUGGCUGGGGUUGGUCUGAGGCCUGCACGGGGCAGUUCCUUGUUAAAGAUCCAAGGGACUCAGUCCUGGGGCGUCGCCGCCUGCAGCGUCUUCCAAGCCCUGCGUCCAGCGAGCGUCACAGCACAACCUGCAAACGGAGCUGGGCUGUAGCCUUGGGGCUGGCAUGGACUUUCAUUUCCGAGAUUCGGUUUUUAAGAAGAUGCAUGCCAAAUGUGGUGUUCUUUUUUUUUUUUUUUUCCAAUGAUUUGUAAUAUACAUUUUAUGACUGGAAACUUUUGUACAACACUCCAAUAAACAUUUUGAUUUUA